AUCCUUAAUGUCUUAUCAGAAAAGACUUCUCUUUACUUCUGUGAUGAUCGCUUAACGGUCACGCAGCGCAAGCCUUUAGCAAAGCAUAUCUUUCAGCAAAGAUAAAUCCCGAGUCUUCCUGAUCACCCACUGUUGACCGAAUUGAACGAUAUGAAACCACUGCCAAUAACUUUCUUACUUUCUGGUCAAUGUACGAUGCUUCCAAUGAUACUGACGUACAAAGUGAAGCUAAUCUGUAUGCCAAGCCUCGAUGCCACAUGAAAUGGUUACACUUUAUACAGAAAGAAAUAGAACAAAAGAAGUUCAUCCAAGAAAUGAAACCUCAAGACAAAGCAUCAAGCAGUUAUGCUCAUAGAAAGUUACAAGAGCUUCCUUUUGUCAAGAAUUUGAAAGAAAAUGCAUUGACCGUUAUCAAUUCCAACAAGACCUUGGAAAUAACAAGCAAGCUUAGAAAUAUUGAUAAGAAGGAUAUUGACACUGUUCAAAUCUUUAUCAAAACAGUACAAGCAAGAACUCAAGUCAUGGCCUUCAUACCUCUCAAAUACACUGACCCUCGAGGAUCAAGAUACUUUUCUUUACUUCCCUUGUACAAGGCUGAUCCUAAGAGUAUACAGAUUGAUGCUCAAUCUUUCUGGAAGCUUGCCAAACAAUGUGACAACGAGAUCAAACGAGGUCAAAAGAGCUACAAGGCAUUUGAAAGCUUGAGUUCAUGUUCAAAGAAAAAUAUGAUCAUCACUGAUGGAUAUGCUAUAUCAUUUAUGUUUAAGAAAUCUGUCUCCAUUCAAGAUGAGCCUAGAAGUGAACCAAAGGCGCCCAAGGAGUUUGUUGAUAUAGUUGACGAUGCAGAUAUUUGGACUGUUGAUCAACGGCAGUGA